AUGAUGAAUCCAAAGACUUUAGGCACUCAGUUGUCUGCAACGUCAGGUAGUAACCAACCUGUAGAAUCGGGAAGCAAUACCCUUCUCUGCAAUCGUAGGCCUCCUCCUGUGCCUGAUAGGCUGCCUUUAAGUCGCAACAGAUCUGCCAUACUCACCAACCCGCACUUGCCCAACAACGCAGUUGCAUUCCCUGACAGGGUUCUUCCUAAUGUUCCCAACAACCCGCCUCAAUUGCUUAGCAGAUUAAAAAGGCCUCACAGCAAGACUGACCUGUCCGUAAUACACAAAAGACAGACUGCAUCAACUGACAGCCAGUCUCCCACGCCUAUGGUAACCAAAAGCAACCCUGCAUUACCAAUCAGCCAACCCCCUUCACUCCAGGCCAACCCCAUUCAGCCAACCAGCCAACCCCCUUCAAGUAUCCAACCAACCCCCAUUCAGCCAACCAGCCAAACCCCUUCAAGUACCCAGCUAACCCCGUUCACUCCAGGCCAACCCCCUUCAUUCCCUACCAACAAAAUGCCGGUACCCACACCCGAACAAAAAGAAGAAAUUUACGAAGCAAUUUCCAAAUAUCCAACAGACUUAUCAAGUUUGAGCAUUACUGAUGUGAGCGCGUUAUUGAAUUACUUAGGAAUGGGAAAUUAUGUUGAAACAUUUGAAGCAGAGUUGAUAGACGGUGUUAUGUUGGUCAGCAUGGACAAAGAGAGUUUGGAAUCAUCAGUUGAAUUUAAUUCCAUUCCAUGUUACAAAAUUAAUGAAGUUUAUUGGAGGUUGGCGACCCGAUUCCAAAAUACGAUUAAAAAAAUGAUGCUGAACUAUUCAAAUAUUAACUUUAGAAUAUUACAAUACAGUAAAACGGACUAUAAUAAAGAACGCAUUAUUUCAGUUGAAGAUACCUACAGCAAAUAA